AUGCGCCUGGAGCUGCGGAGGCCCCUCUGGGAGACCCGGCCGCUGGACACUGGCCGGUGCUCCCCCCUCCGCGCUGACAGCCCGGGGAGGGGUGCGGGGCGCGGGCCGCUCCUGCUGCUGGGGCCCCGGGGCCGGGCGCGGCCGCUCGCUGUUGCUAGUUUUACACAACAACAAACGGAGAGGAGAAAAGGAAAGAGUAGCAGGAAGGAGAGUGGUAAUGCGAUCCUGCUGCCCCUCGGGGCUGCAGGGGCGGAGGGGGGGCUAACGCCUGGGCUGCCGCAGUGGAGGCGCCACCUGGUGAAGAUCAAGCCGCGGCUGAGGUCGGAGGACCUGGCGGAGGGGGCGGACGUGCACACGGAGCAGCACAGCAGCACCGGCAGCGAUGGCAGCACCAUCACCACCACCUUCACCCGGCGCGUCACCACCUACACCGUGGACCUGCCGGGCGGCGCCAGCCCCGAGCUCAAGGUCAGGGCGCCCCGCCCCGAGGACGUCCACUCCUCGCAGAUCCGGGUGCCGCACAUCAGCUUCGGGGGCCGCGGCGCAGAAGGCUCCGGGGAGGGAGGGACAGCCAGCGCCUCGGAGGUGCGCUGGGCCGGGGGCCUCCGCACCGCGACGACGACGACGACGACGACGACGACGGCGGCCGCGGCUUCCGAAGCGGGGAGCGGCGGCCCGGCGGGAGAGGCCAGCGAGAAGACGAUCCACUUCAAGGUUCCUGGGUUCGGCCUGUCCGGGGCGAAAGUUGAAGGCGUCUCUGGCGUCUCCGGCGUCUCCGGGGUCUCCGCGGCAGGAGACGGCGGCGCCCGCAUGCCGGGGGGCAAGAUGAUCAUAACGGAGACCUAUCGGAUCGGCGGCAGGGAAGUGGAGGUGCCCUCGUCCAGAUUCUGUGGGGGCCGGGUGGACGUCGCCCUCCCAGGAGCUCCGGGGGACCCCAGGAUUGCGGGCGCCGCUCGCAGUGGGGAUGCCAGGGUCUCGGGGGUCGGCAUCAGUGGCGCGCGGGUCUCGGGAUCCGGCGCGGAGGUGUCCGGGACGGGGGUCGAGGCCGGCCUGAAAGCUGCCGGAGUGAAGGUCGACGUCGGUGGCCCUGGCGUGCCCUCUGUGGAUGUCUCCACGUCCAAAACAGCAGGAAUCAGCAUCUCCGGCCCCCGACUGGAAGGAGACCUCAAGGCCCCUAAAGUUGGCAUCAAGAAUUUUAGCCUCAAGGGGCCAAAAGUUAAAGGUGAUGCUGAGCUUCCCAAGAUAGAAGGAGACCUCAAAGUAACAAAACCUGACAUUGAGGGCCCUGAUUUGGAAGUGAAAAGCCAAGAAGGUGGAUUCAAGAUGCCAAAGUUCAAGAUGCCCAAAUUUGGCUUCAAGGGCCCAAAGGUUGAGGGUCCAGAUGUUGAUAUCAACCUACCCAAAGCUGACAUUGACAUCAAGGGACCUAAGAUAGAAGGAAACAUCAAAGCACCAAAGAUUGAUGUAGAAGGUCCUGAGGUGGACAUUGAAGGACCUGAAGGGAAGAUCAAAGGCCCCAAGUUCAAGAUGCCAUCAGUCUCUGGGCCAAAGAUCUCAAUGCCAGAUGUGGACUUCAACCUGAAAGGGCCUAAAGUCAAAGGUGAAGUGGAUGUUCCAAAGAUUAAGGGUGACAUAAAAGCACCAAAUGUUGACAUUGAAGGACCUGACAUAAAGUUAGAGGCACCAGAUAUUGACGUCAAAGGUCCAGAAGGUGGAUUCAAAAUGCCAAAAUUCAAAAUGCCCAAGUUUGGAUUCAAAGGUCCUCAUGUUGAAGGUCCAGAUGUUGAUAUCAACCUACCCAAAGCUGACAUUGACAUCAAGGGACCUAAGAUAGAAGGAGGCAUCAAAGGACCAAAGAUUGAUGUAGAAGGUCCUGAUGUGGACAUUGAAGGACCUGAAGGAAAGAUCAAAGGCCCCAAAUUCAAGAUGCCAUCAAUCACAGGGCCCAAGAUAUCAAUGCCAGAUGUGGACUUCAACCUGAAAGGCCCAAAGAUAGAGGGAGACAUCAAAGGACCAAAAGUCGAUAUUGAUGCUCCUGACGUGAGCCUUGAAGGUCCAGAUGUUGACAUUGAGGGACCUGAAGGUGGAUUCAAGAUGCCCAAAAUCAAGAUGCCCAAAUUUGGCUUCAAAGGUCCUAAAGUUGAGGGUCCUGACAUUUCAGGUGACAUCAAAGGACCAGAGGUCAACAUUGAAGGUCCAGAUGUUGACAUUGAGGGUCCUGAAGGAAAGAUCAAGGGCCCCAAAUUCAAGAUGCCACAUAUUUCAGGCCCCAACAUCAAAAUGCCCGACUUCAACCUCAAAGGGCCAAAGAUCGAGGGAGACUUCAAAGGACCUAAAGUUGACAUUGAUGCUCCUGACGUGAGCUUUGAGGGUCCAGAUGUUGACAUUGAGGGUCCAGAAGGUGGAUUUAAGAUGCCCAAAAUCAAGAUGCCCAAAUUUGGCUUCAAAGGUCCUAAAGUUGAGGGUCCUGAUGUUGACCUUUCAGGUGACAUCAAGGGGCCAGAGGUCAAUAUUGAAGGUCCAGAUGUUGAAAUCGAAAGGCCAGAAUUUAAGUUGCCAAAGUUUAAGGGGCCUAAGUUCGGAAUCAAAUCUCCCAAACUGGAGGGCCCAGAGGUCGAGCUUCCUUCUGCUGAGAUUGACGUUUCUGGACCCAAGAUCAAAGGGGAUAUCAGAGUCCCAGGAAUGGAUCUGGAUGUGAAUGCUCCAGGUGCAGACAUUGACCUGAAGUCCCCAGACUUCAGUGUAGAGGGCCCUGAUGCCAACAUUAAGAUGCCCAAAGUGAAGAAGCCAAAGUUUGGUUUGGGCAUCAAGAGCCCCAAAGCAGACGUGAAGCUGCCAGAGGGAGACGUCAGUCUGGAGGCCCCUGAUGUCAACCUCAAGGGGAAGAAAGGCAAAUUCAAAAUGCCGAAGGUGAAGGCAAAGGGAAAGAAACCUGACCUGAGUGUGGACGUGAAGUCUCCUGAGCUUGAUGUGGACAUUGGCUCUCCUGAUGUCAACCUCAAAGGGCCCAAGGUCAAGAAACCCUUGUUUGGAAAACUGCAUUUCCCUGAUGUUGAGUUUGAUAUAAAGUCACCGAAGAUCAAGGGUGAUGCUUCUGUUUCUGGGGGGCUGAAGACCCCAGACAUGGACCUGUCCUCCCCAAAUCUGAAAGCUGACAUCCAGACGCCAGACGCUGAGCUCCCGGAUGUCAGCAUGGAGGGCCCGGAUGUCAAGGUGAAAAAACCCAAGAUCAAGAUGCCCAAAUUCAACAUUUCAGGGCCCAAACUGAAAACCCCCGACCUGGACCUCAAGGGUCCAAAACUUGAUGCAGAACUGAGUGGUCCAGAUGUGAGUGUGGAUGCACCUGAUGUAGAUCUGGAAGGCCCGGAAGUAAAGGGCAAAGGGAAGUUCAAAAUGCCAGGAUUCAAAAUGUCAGCCCCCAAGGUAUCUGGUCCAGAUUUUGACCUGAAUCUUAAGGGCCCAAAAAUAAAGGGAGAUGUAGAUGUGUCUGGUGACAUCAAGGGGCCCAGACUGGACAUUGAGGGACCUGAUAUGAACAUUGAAGGACCUGAGGGAGGUCCAGGAUUUAAGAUGCCCUCUCUGGACAUCAAAGCACCAAAGAUCUCAGCUCCUGACAUUGACAUCAACCUCAAAGGACCCAAGAUCAAAACGCCGAAAGCGGAUGUCAACAUAGAGGGUGGAGAUAUUGAUGUUGAAGGACCAGAAGGUGGGUUCAAGAUGCCCAAGGUCAAAAUGCCCAAGUUUGGGUUCAAAGAUCCAAAACUUGAAGGUCCUGAAAUUGAUGUGAGGCCUCUCAAAGCCGGCGUUGAUAUCUCAGGUGACAUAGCUGGACCAAAGGUCAACUUCGAAGGCCCCGAUGUCUCCGUGCCCAAUGUGGACGUCAGCCUCAAGGGUCCCAAAGUCAAAGGAGAUAUUUCGGGCCCGAGGGUCGAAGGUGGCAUCAAGGGUCCUGAUGUGAAUGUUGAGGGUCCAGAUGUUGAUAUCGAAGGAGGACUCAAAAUGCCCAAAAUCAAAAUGCCCAAAUUUGGUAUCAAAGGACCUAGACUGGAGGGUCCGGAAGGAGACUUUAACCUCUCUGGCCCUAAGAUACAAGGUGACAUUAAGGGGCCGAAAGUGGAUGUGUCUGGCCCCAGUAUGGACAUCAAGAGCGGAGACCUUGAGCUUGAGACCCCUGAGAUCAAGGGGAAGAAGUCCAAAUUCAAGUUCCCCAGAUUUGGAUUUGGGAGCCCAAAACUGGAGGGUCCUGACUUAGACGUCAAGAUGAAGGGCCCCAAGCUCAGCGGAGACUUUGACGGUUCUGCCGAUGUCAGUCUCUCCGGAUCCCCGCUACAGGGGGGAAUCCAGGGCCCCAGCCUGGACCUCGGGGCGCCAGACGUGAACGUCAAGGGGCCAAAGAUCUCGGGCGGGGCGGGUGGAGGACUGCACGUGAAAGGCGGCGCAGGAGUUGGCGUCGACGCCCCUGGCCUGGAGGCAUCGGGCGGGGGGCUGGAUUUCGGAGACGCCAAGGUCACCUUCCCGAAGCUGAAAGUGCCCAAGUUCGGGAUCGCUCUGCCCCAGCUCGAGGGACCGGAGAUGGGGGUGGACGUGGGCACCGGAGGGGCGGCCGGCGCAGGGGCGAGCCUGCAGGGCCCCUCGAUCGGGGGCCACCUCGGCUCCCCGAGUCUGGAGGUCACGGGGCCGGAGGUGAAGGCCGGCGGAGGCGGCGCGGGGGGCAAGGCUAAGAUCAAGAUGCCCAAGUUUUUCGGGAAGUCCAAGGCGAAGGGGGGCAGCGCGGCGGACCUCAGCCUGCAGGGGCCCGAGCUGGAGGUGUCCAGCGGGGCCGCCGGAGUCAAGGCCUCCAAGGGCCUGAGCCUGAGCUCCGGGGAGCUGCUCAGCGGCGACCUCUCGGCCGGCGGGGGCGCGGGGAUCCGCGUGUCGCCCGCGGGCAAGUCGGCCUCCCUGGAUCUGCUGAAGAAACCGCGGCACCGCUCCUCCUCGCUCAGCGACGACGCGGGCGUGCCCUCGCCCAGCUCCCCCACGGGGCACCUGGAGGCCGAGGGCGGGGGGGAUCUGUCCUUCGAGGCCGGGGGCGCCAAGGUCAAGGGCAAGAAGGGCAAGCUGAAGUUCGGCACCUUCGGCGGCUUCGGGUCCAAGUCCAAGGGCUCCUACGAGGUGACGCUGGGCGAGGAGGGGGAGGCCCGGGUGGAGGGCGCCGGCGGGGUGUCCCUGCCCGCCAAGAAGUCCCGGAUCUCGUCCUCCUCCAGCAGCGACAGCGGGACCAGGGGCGGGUUCCGCUUCCCCCGAGUGGAGCUCGCCGUCUCCAAGAAAUAACCCCCUGCCCCCCGCCCCGCCCCCGGCCCGAGCGCCACCCUCCCCUGCCCUGCCAGAGCACCCCUGUCCUUCUCCGGCACCCCCUUGUGGCCGGAUGUCAGAACUGCAGCUCCAGUCCUAGUCGGUCCCCCAAGACGGACAGUGGAGAGGGGGGUCCCGUCCCCCCACUGUCCCCCCCUUUCCCUCACGAGAUUCUGCCACACUGGAGUCAGAGGCUUUGAGACGGAAACGUUCGGGAAAUCAUCCUCUAAUUGUAAAUAGCGUUUGAGUCAUUUUAUUAUUAUUGUCUUCAAAGAGGUUUGUUUUUUUGUUUUGUUUAGUUCUGUACAUAGAAAUCUUUUAUUGAUCAUAAACCUUUCUCUGUUUCUCUAACACAAUCACACACACACACACCAAGUGCCUUCUGGUUCUUCCCUGGAAAUUGACAGACAUUUUUUUUUUUAAAAAAGAGCAGAAUUUAAGAUUUUCAAAUCGUUUAUACUUUUCCUAUUUUUUUUUUGUUAAUAUGAGGUGAGCUAUUUUUGUAUCUGGUUUGGAAAUGAAUAAAAUAUAGCCUUUCAAUACUUCUGUACUAGGGGCGAUACGAGUGGGUCAAGAAUGCCAAUAUAUGCAUUUAUAUAUAUAUAUUUUUCCAGAUUUUGUGGCUACGCGUUAACGAGUUUGUGCCCGAGGAGUGUGGGGCCGCUGGGGCUGGUGGGACAGGACACCUUAGAUGUGCUGAUGAGAGGAAGGGGCCCCAGCACGCAGACGGCCGAUGAGGUUUUGUAAAAUAAAAAGUAUGUAGAGGUGACCGCUGUCCGGCCCGGACUGGAGCGGCGCGCUGGUGCUGGUUCUGGUUCUGGAGCGACAGGCAGACGGCUCCUCUCUCUCUCUCUCGCUGUGCCUCCUGUCCUGCCCUGUGUGCGCGUGUUUCUGUCAGAAAGUUGCCGAUCCGCGGGAGAGAGGAGCCGCGCGUCUCCUGUCCCCCGUCCUCGUCCCCCCUCCCCAGUGCCCAGCGCCGAUCCGGGGACGGUCCUGCGAUUUCUCCCGGCUUUUGUAUCCUGUAAUUAUUGCACUUUCCGUAACACUUGAUUGAUAGAGACGUGGGGGUUGUGGAAAACAUUUUAUUUUUGUUGUUGUUGUUGUUGUUGUUAUUGUCGGCUUAAACAAACCACAAAUAAACUGUUCAGUUAACCUCA